AUGCUCUGUUCCUCUCCAAUGCAGAGUUCUCCUCUCACAGGCUCCAAGGGGACAGGAGGAGGAGCAGGUGGAAGUUUCUAUUAUGUGCCUAGGUGUGUCCAACUCCCAUCUCUGAGGAAAAGUCCACAGAUCCCUGAGGAUAAAGCCGCCACGCCAUUGGACGAGGACAGUCACAAAAGGAGCCAGAUGGCACUGCUAGCCAAUCAGCUGAUGGAUUCAGCCAGGGUUGUGAGUGGCAUAAAUGGAAGGGUGGACAUCUUCCCACAGUUCCUGAGGGUACAGAACCAGGGUCACAUGACCCAGGUCAAUAGCACCCAGGAAGACACGCGCAAGAACAGGAAGUACCCGUGCCAACUGUGUGGUAAGCGCUUCCGCUUUAACAGCAUUCUGUCGCUGCACAUGCGCACGCACACAGGCGAGAAGCCCUUUAAAUGCCCUUACUGUGACCAUCGGGCAGCACAGAAGGGCAACCUCAAGAUCCACCUGCGCACUCACAAGCAGGGCAACCUUGGGAAAGGCCGUGGCCGGAUCAGAGAAGAGAACAGACUGCUCCAUGAGCUGGAGGAGAGGGCCAUCCUGAGGGACAGACACAUUAGGGAUGGUCUAGGUGGUCUGCCCCAGCCACCACGACCCCACAUAGCCCAGCCCCAGCAACCCAAGCCUGCCUCUACCACCACCCAGCUCCCCUUGACCUUCACAAGUUCUGGCCCUGUAGAGACUCUAUCACUGCGAUCCACUUCCCCCAAGAUGACCACCACAGGCCAGGAGGAUCACACCCAGGCCCAGCCUUCUGCAGGCUUCCGUUGCUCCUUCUGCAAGGGAAAGUUCAGGAAGCAGCAGGAGCUAGAGCGCCACAUCCGGAUCCUCCACAAGCCCUACAAGUGCACCCUGUGUGAGUUCGCCACCUCCCAUGAGGAGGAGCUCAUCAGCCAUGUGGAGACGACCCACAUCGCCUCCGAGUCGGCCCAGACUCAGAGGCCCGCGCUGGGCAGCGGUCGGGGCGUGAAGCACCCUGGUGGGGAGUUCCCCUGCGAGGUGUGUGGUCAGACCUUCAGUCAGGCCUGGUUCCUCAAGGGACACAUGCGUAAGCACAAGGACUCGUUCGAGCACUGCUGCCAGAUCUGCAGCCGGCGAUUCAAAGAACCCUGGUUCCUCAAGAACCACAUGAAGGUCCACCUCAACAAGCUGGCUGCUAAGAACAAGCAGCUCCCUGCUGACCAGGGGGUAUCUGUCAGCAUGACUAGUGUAGCCCAGGAUGCCCACUACAUCCACCUCUACUCCCAGUAUAUCUCAAGCCUCAACAGCAGGUUCCUCUCCGCUGAGAGAGCGGGCCAUUCAGAGUUCCAGCAGAUCUUCGCCACAACUGGCAUUGGGAUGAAGGUGAAAGAGAUGCUGGGUAGGAUGCUGGCACCAGGACAUGAUUCAAUGACUGAGGGGGAGAAUAAUCGCUCUUUGUUGGGCUUAAAUAAUCUGGUGCCUCCUCUGACUGCCAGCAGCAGGGAGUAUCAACUACAGGCUUCUGCCAACAAGGGAGACAACCUCAAUAGCUACCCAGGCUGGCAGGUCAUGGCACCAGGACCGGCUGUAGAUGAGGGAGACCUAUACACAGCUAAAGAACAGCAGCGGGCCUUCCUGGCUAAGCGAAGGGUGUCAUUAGAUGAGCGACAAGCAUCUGUGAGCGAACCAGAGAACCAGGCUAUUAGUAGGCCUAGCAGCCCAGGACUGAGCCAUGUCUUGCAGGGGAGCCUCAUAGGACCAUGCUUCUCUCAGACUGGCAGUACCCAGGAUGACAGCAGCCUCCCCUCCUCCCCAGUCUCAGCCAAAAUUUUCAAUGUGAGGACAGUGAAUCAACUUAGAAAACGGAUUGGAUUUGCAAAAAGCCAUCAAGCUCUAACAGGUGAGGAGAAGCCCUACAGCUGUCCCCCCAGUGACUACACCAGCCCACAGUCAGUUUCUCUCAGUUACCGUCUGGAAGGCUACCACCUCCACCACCACCCCCAGUGGAACCACGACUCCAGGGACAACAUAGACCCCUCGUCCCCACAGAGCCCCAGCCCCAAGGACCUGAGCCCUACUUCUGGCCUCUACAGUGGGCUGGAGGAUCCUGAUGAGAACAGGAGAAACCCAGCAACUCUGCACAUGGACAGGCUAGCACCCAAUCUGCCAACCCCUUCAAACCUGCACAAGGCCUAUGGAGGACCUCCAGCUAUGGAGGACAGCAGUGUGAAGCCACAGGGUCUUCAUCAAUCCAUACAGACCUUCAUCAAUGGCCUGACAUCUAGUGUUCUGAGAGGAGACAGAAAGAGGAGGGCAGGGGGAGGUAUGGUCAGCACUCGGGGGGGAGGACAGGGGAGCUCUGAGGGGGAGGACCGUGUUGGAGUCAAGGGGAGUGACCGGGACAGUGAGGGGGAGACAGGUACUGGUGGCUCUGCAGUCACACCCAGGACCAGGAAGUCCCAGUAUGAGCCCCUGGAUCUGUCUCUCAGGCCAGACUGGGUGCUUUCGCCUCAGGCUGGCUCAGCCCACAUGGACAGAUCUCAAGGGGGAUUGACUGGGUUAUUCCAGCAGCACAGCAGUGUGUGUAAUGGUCCCCUCUCCUCCAAUAGCAAUAGGCUCCAGGCACACAAUGGGCAACACACGGCUGAACAGUCAGAGAUUGGAUCUGGCACUGGUGACCUGGAGAUGCCCACAAGGCAGGACGACCAACACAACUAUGACUUCUCAGCUCACAAUGAGGAUUGUGCACUCAAGAGCCAUGUCUUUAACAAAGUUGAGGAAGAAGAGGAAUUCAACAAGCUAAGGAUAAUGAAGAGUAGCAGCAGCGAAGCACGGCUGAGUGAGAAGAUGACAGAGAUGAUGGUUGGCCGUCCCCAUGGGUCCAGUGAGGCCCCUCAGUGUCCCCAGGAGAAGCAGGGCCAGUGGGGCAGGUCGGUCAUCCAGCCUCUCCUCUCUCCUCUGGAGCUGCUGAAGCCAGUGCCGACUCCUCACCACCACCACCUCCACAGAAACCUCCUGUCAGUCCUCCAGUCUUCCAGUGACCAGAACCACAUGCUCCUCAACGGCCAUGCAGCCAGAUUGAAUGGUGGCGGUGGAGGGCCCAUGGAGAGAGCAGAGACUUCAGGUGGGAAGCCUUUCCAGUGCAGGUACUGCCCUUACAGCGCCACCCAGAAGGGUAACCUGAAAACCCAUGUCCUGUGUGUCCACCGCAGGCCCUUCGACAGCAGCCUGUACCCAGACAGACGCCUCCGACGGACCCAUACCAACGCCCAUGUGACCUCCCAGGAAGGCUCCGCUGGUUCCUCCUACCUGCCCCAAAGCAUCAUGGGCUUGGGAGACGCCCCUAGGCCUACACCCACUGUGAGAGAUAUCACCGUGACAUCACUGUGUGGGACUUGACGUUGUUACGGCAACUACAUAUAGACAUUUAUAAAAUCACUGAUACGUGGUUCGGUUUCACGUGUGAAGGGUGAGAGACGGAGGAUAGGGUUGUUGUUGGAGAUGGAGUUGGAAGAGAUUCAAAACAAGAAGUUGAUGUACAUUCCAGUGUGGACUUCAAAAUAUAUUUAUCUGUAAGAAACAAACGGCCCAUAAUAAAGUGUUUUGUGGUAUGUGCA